UUCAAGUUUAGUUUACUCGCAAGCUUUGAACGGAGCGAACACAAAAACACUAAACAGAAAACAACAAAACUCGUCGAAAGUGCGAAGCGUGCUUCAAGCGCAGAUUUUUAUAGACACCGAACAAAACACACACAAACAACGAGUGAAUCGAGUUUCAUGAAACAUCAAUUCUGAUUUUAUUUGAAUUCGCGUUAAAAUGAGUCCGACAAAACUGAGGCUUUACUGCCUCACAAUCGUUUGCUUGCUCUUAUCCAAUUGUCUAUUUGCGGAUGCAAAACGUGUUUACAGCGGCGGUCGACGCAGCUCCAGCAGCAGCGGCAGCUCGUAUUCAGCACGUCGCACGUCAUCGUCAUCGCAGUCGCAUAGCUCGUAUGGCGGUGGUUAUACUUCACACUCAGCCGCUCCAGCUUCGCGUCCAUCCUACUCACAUUCGGAUGCAACAAAACUCAGCUACAGUGGCAACACCUAUUCGGCACCCGCCAAGCCGCAGAGCUCCGUAACCAGCCAUACGCAAUCACGUCCGGCCGCCACAUCAGCACCUAUCGGUUGGAAUGUGCCCAAAUCACAAGGUCCACCACCAGCGUAUUCGCCCUCUAACCCAGCGGGUGGUGCACGCACUAAUAUACACGAGCCGCCACCAGCCUACAAAGCUACUGCACCGGUAGCUUCGGCACCCGCAUCGUCCUCCGUUUACAGAGCAAGUGCACCGCCACCGAAUUAUGCCGCCGCAACAAAUACGGCCAACCGCGGCUCAAUGACACCGGCACAAACAUACAAUCCCAGCGCAUCGGCUGGCUCUAAUAACUACCGCAGCUCGAUGACACCGGCGCAGACAUAUAGGCCAAGAGCAAAUUCAACAGGCUUUGGCAGUGGCUCACAUACGCCGAUACAGCGUACUAGUGUGCAGGGCGUCCAAUCUAGUUAUCCUCAACAGAGUUUACCUGCAGGUGCAACGUAUUACAAUUCGCCAUCGCAUUUACCAGCGGGUGCGACUUAUCACUCCGCCGGUUCUCUACCGGCUGGCGCGACUUAUCACAGUUCAUUGCCAGCGGGCGCAACCUAUCAUCCGGCUGGCUCUCCGUAUCAUGCACCUGGUGGUGUACCUGCCGGCGCCACCUAUUAUCCUUCCGCAGGCGCCUUGCCAGCCGGUGCUAGCUAUCACCCAGCAGGACAUGUACCUGCCGGUGCCACAUAUUACCCGUCAGCUGGUGGUGUACCUGCCGGUGCGAGUUAUUAUCCAGCCGCGGCAGCAGUGCCGGCUGGCGCAACCUUCCUGCCGGCCGGUUCGUCGCUACCGGCUGGUGCAACCUACUAUCCACAGGCGCCGGUUAAGUCCUCAUCCGGUCUUGGUUUCGGUUCUGGUCUGGCUGCCGGUGCAUUAGGUGGCGCUCUUCUAGGCUACGCGCUAACACCAUCACAGACCAAAGUAAUUGAGCGUGUGCCCGCCGGUGGUGGCUAUAGCGGUGGCGGCAGUGCCCCACCAGUCAGCGGUGGUGACGAUCGCAUCAUAAUAAUAAAUAAUGGACCGCCGGGAUCAGUGACAACUACGGAUGCCGGUUCCGGUACAACUGUCAUCACCACCAAUGCAGCGGCUCCCGUUCCCGCUGCCGCGCCCCAACCAGUGGCACCACAAAACUACGCACCACAACCCAACAUGGCCCAACCUGUAGCACCAAAUCCAGGAGCGCCGCAACUGGCACCUUUCGGCACUGCUCCAACCGAUAAUGGUGGUAAUGUAGCAGCUGCUGUAGGCGGUGCAGCUGCCGGUGCCGCCAUCACAGCUGCCGUUGCUCCAUCCCUGAAUGCCGCACCUGCUGCCAGCACUGGCGAUGCUGCACCUAUUUCCAGCGGUGCACCUGUUCCCAACGCUGCUAAUCCCGGUUCAGCACCCGUUCCGGCACCUGAUGCCGCACCUGGUGCAGCACCUGGCGUAGCACCCGGCGCAGCAGCUGAGCAACCGCCCGCACCAGGUGGCAUUAUCUGCGUACCCGUACGUGUGCCUGAACCAGAUCCUGCAGACAAUACAAAAACGAUUGAAGUGGAGAAGAUAGCUUGCUACCCGGCACCACCUGCAGAGGCGGCGACACCCGCACCAGCAGCUACGAAUGCAACGGAAGCUGCAGCAGUCACACCCACAGCUAGCAGCGCUACCACACCAACAACUACAACUGUUACUCCUGCUAUCGCACCGGCUGCCAUUAGCAAUUCGGAAAUUGGCGUACCAUUGGCACCGCUCACCACAUUGACACCCAUAGUAGUUCCAGAGGGUUCGGUCGCUUUGGCGCCGCUCAGCCCGAACAGGCAGCCGGAUAUUAUGAAAUUGCCGGGCACUUAUUAUGCUCGACGCUCACUCUCCAAUGUGGAGCUGGCCGAAAGCUCUGGCCUUCUGCGCGCCAGUGCCGGUGCAACAAGCAAUUACGCCAAUUUUGGUAUUGCGACAGUGUUGACACUGGUGGUGGCAUUCUGCAUGCACUAAGGCCCAACUAACUGUGUAGAAAUCAAAUGCAGGCUGUGGUCUCGCAAGUAGGGCGAUGAGUGAGGCAGAAAUCAAAGCCAAAAAUAUAGUAUAGCAGGUAUUCUUCAACUAGCAGAUACCAAUCGGACGUUUUAAAGCUGACGAUCCGCAAACGGAAUUUAAAAAAAAACAGUAAAUUAGCAAAAUAUUUAAAAUUUUAAUUUUUUUUGGUUCAACUCAAAAACAAUUUUAAUACUCUUUCAUUCUAACAAAAUUGUUUGAGUCUUACUCAAGAUUAGUGCAAAUGGAUAUUU